UCAUGCUGUUUGUAUAUGCCUUCGUGUACUGUAUCUCUUGCCAUGCUUGAACUGUCAGCUCUCCAAACUCAGCCUCUCUUUAUGCCAAAUAGAUUUAUUCCACAAACGUGUGUGUGUGUGAUGCGUGAAACCCCAAAUGCACACCACGCCAUUGUCUGUCUCAAUUUUCCUCAGUGUGUGAGAGUGGACACACACAUUUCUCCAUCAGCAUACGUCUGUAUGUGUGUCAAACGCAGUUGCUCUGCCUCGGGUCCCUCCAAGCUCCAGUCUUCUAGCUUCAGUGCUCUCAUCGCCUCAGUCUGUGGACAGACACAUCCUCUACCCUCUCUUGCUGGAGUGUAGCUGCUUUGCCUUGGCGUACCUCUGGCCUCCAUGAAUACAGCUGAGGAAAUCCUGCCUGUCCCUGGAAGAUGGGAAAUACCUCCAAAAUUACCCAUUUUGUUUCCACAAUUCCAAAGGAGCAUGAUGUCUUCAUGGGUUCCAUAUACACAAUCUUCUGUAUUCUGUCACUCUUGGGAAAUGGCAUUCUUCUGCUUGUGGCAUAUCGUAAGAGGUCGUCUCUGAAGCCUGCUGAGUUUUUCAUCAUAAAUUUAUCUAUUAGUGACCUAGGGAUGACAGUUACUCUGUUUCCCCUGGCGAUUCCAUCAGCAUUUGCUCACAAGUGGUUGUUUGGGGAGUUGACCUGUUUGUGCUAUGCUGUAUGUGGUGUUCUCUUUGGCUUGUCCAGCCUGACAAACCUUACAGCUCUGUCUUCCGUCUGCUGCCUCAAAGUCUGCUUCCCAACCUACGGUAAUAAAUUUUCCUACUCUCAUGCAUGCCUGAUGAUAGUGGGGGUGUGGUGCUAUGCCACUGUGUUUGCCGUGGGGCCCUUAGCAAGUUGGGGUCACUUUGGUCCUGAACCCUAUGGGACAGCAUGCUGCAUAGACUGGUACGCACCAGGCAACAACGCGCUGGCCAUGUCUUACAUCAUCUGCCUCUUCCUCUUCUGCUAUGCACUCCCAUUAGCCUUCAUUGUCCUCUCCUACAUCAUGAUCCUCAUCACUGUAAGAGGGUCACGGCUGGCCAUACAGCAACAUGUGUCUCCACAGACCAAGACAACAAAUACACAUGUCCUCAUUGUAAAGCUCUCAGUGGCGGUGUGUAUCGGUUUUCUGAGUGCAUGGAGCCCCUAUGCGGUUGUGGCAAUGUGGACUGCGUUUGGAGAGCCCAGUCAAGUCCCACCUCUAGCUUUUGCUCUAGCGGCUAUCUUUGCCAAGUCCUCUACCGUCUACAACCCUGUUGUGUACCUGCUAUUCAAACCCAACUUUCGUAAAUCUUUGAGCAGGGACACAGCUCAAAUACGAAGACGAAUUUGUUCCAGCCCAUGUAAGGGAAGCCCUUUGCCUGAAGUAAAGGAUCUUUACCCGCAAUCAUCCCUCCAAUGCAAUAAGGAUGUUAGCAAUUCCACUCGCUUUUCCAAUGGCCUAGCGGAUAACCACAGUGCUUGUCUUCAAUGCACAGAGACAGACCCUCAUAGUCAACAGGCCUCGCCUCAAAGAACUGCAUGCGUGCUCAUCGGUACAUCCUACAGCGAGGUGACUAUGAAUCAGAUGCCAGAGGCAAUGCAAGUUGACCUUAUGUGAAUACCCAUCAGGCUUGCUUUAUGCCACAACUAGGAUAAAUGUAAGGAGAAAAUGAAUGGAUAGCCUCAAAGUAUAACCUCUGGCAAACAUAAGCCAAAGAUAAGCCAAAAAUCGCAUUGCAUUUGGGUCAUGUAUAUGAGUUCUGUUCAGAAAACCAUUCAAACAAUGCAUAUGAAACUGAGGAACUUAAAUGUACGAUAGAUUAAAAAAAUAGAAAAGAUAGUGAAGGUGAUCAGGGCUGUGUUUCUCAAAAGCAUCAUAAGCCUAAAUUGAUCGUAAAAACGAUCGUACGAGUGAUCUUAAUAUUACGGUCUGUUUCCCAAAAGCAUCGUAACUUAAGUAGCACUUGAAAAUCAUCUUAGAUCUACGAGUGCUCUGGAGUAAUCGUAAAGCCCUAAGUACAUCAUAAGAAGACAGAUUUAUGAAGUCACCUGCAGGACAACCGGAGAAUUGCGCUUCAACUUAAACAUGCCUAUAUGUGAUUUAUUUAGUUUUUUGUUUGUUUAAAUCUUUUAAAUUACAAAACUAAAUUACUAAAAAACACAGUACAAUAAAAAUGAAAUGACUGAACAUACAUUAAUAAAGUAAAGAAUAAAAAUAUAUAUAGUAUGGGCAAGUUGUUGGUAACAAGGGAUGCAUGUUUGUUGCUGGAUCGCUGUAUUAAAGUUACUCCAUAUUUUAUGCAAAGUAAAAAUGUUGUGUUUAAAAGAGAAAUGGUAAAAAUGCUUACUUGGUGAUUGUCAGUGUCUUUGUUUUUCUCCUGCUGCUGUAGCCUAGUGCAGCCGUGAUUUCUUCUUUGAAACUAUUGUGAACUAUCCUCUAAUUAUUUAGAGGAGCCAUGUGAUUAAAGGUUUUCAGACUGUUACAAACCUUAUUUACAUUUACAUUUAGUCAUUUAACGGACGCUUUUAUCGAAAGCGACUUACAAAGAGUUUAAGGAGCAAUAAGCGAUAUGUCAUACAGGAGCAAUAAUGCAAUAGGUGCCAAUACAAAGUUACUGGUUUCAACAAAAGCUAGACCACUACCUGUUGAGAGAAAGAGAGAGGGUUAGUGUUAGGAAGUUAGGAAGAAUGUUCCACCAGGAAGGAGUUGUGAAGGAGAAUGAGCGGGAAAGUGAUUUACUGCCCUUAUGAGAAGGCAAUACAAGAUGCCGCUGGUUUGCUGAACGCAGGGAUCUUGAUGGGGUGUAGGAGUGUAGGAGGGUGUGGAAGUAUGUCUUGUAGGCAAGCAUUAGUGACUUGAAUAUGAUACGGGCUUCAACUGGUAGCCAGUGGAGAGAGAGGAAAAGGGGCGUCACAUGAGCCCUUUUGGGCUGUUGGAAGAUGAGGUGUGCUGUUGCGUUCUGAACCAGCUGGAGCGGUUUGAUAGCCUUUGCAGGAAGACCAGCAAGGAGAGCAUUGCAGUAGUCCAACCUUGAGAUUACCAGGGCCUGGACAAGGAGUUGUGCCGCAUGCUCAGUGAGAUAGGGUCUAACCUUUCUAAUGUUGAAUAAGGCAUAUCGGCAUGACCGCGUUGUCUUUGCAAUGCGAUCAUUGAAGGACAGCUGUUCAUCAAAUAUGACUCCGACGUUCCUGGCUGUUUUGGAAGGAGUGAUUGUGGUAUUGCCAAGUUGGAUGGUGAGAUCGUGUUGCACCAUGGGGUGUGCCGGAAACACAAGUAGUUCUGUCUUGGCCGGGUUCAGCUGGAGGUGAUGCUCUUUCAUCCAACCUUAUACAAGUAAAUUACACACUGCCUAUCAUAUGUUCCAACAACUGCAGAAGGCAAUACUUAAUGAAACUGAAUGCCUGAUUUGCUGAGAAAUUGGAUUGAUUAGCUCUUCCCUUUAUCGUCCUCUAAUUGAAAGGUUCAUAUUCAUAAUGAACACACUUUGUUCUUAUUAUUAAUAAAGUGCUGGUAAUGCAUGUGUACAAUUGUCACGGUUUGCGCAGGGAACAGACAAAACGAGCAGGUAAUCAGAAGGAUAUCUUUAAUCCACGACGAACUCAGGGAAAACACAACACCAAAACAUUCAAUACUGGAAACUGAAACAACCAAAGAAGAGAACUUAUAUAACACAGAUAAUGAGACAUAAACAGGUGACGUGGAUAAACUAAUAAUGUUCAAAUGAUGGGGAUCAGGUGAGAUGGUGAAAAGGAUUAUGGGAAGUGUAGUCCAGUUGUAAGUGAGGGCAGAUGGUGGAUUGUGACAACAAUAAACAUUUUGUUUGGAGCUAGAAAGCUAGAUAUUACAUAGGCCCUAAUAAAAACUUAACUUGAAAUUGCCACCUCCACACCACCCAAAAGUGGUUCAACAAAUACAUACAGCAUUUUUUUUACUUUUGAUUUUACAUUUUGUAUUUUCCAUAGAACGUGCUAAAUACAUUGCACAAUUACAGUAGAUAAGUCCUAUAUACACAUAGAAAAAAUAUUACACGUUGCACAAAAAAUAUGUUAACCAACAUUAAACAAUAUUCACCUGCACAUCUGGUGAAAAUAAUUAGCCUAAACAUUUCGAAAACAAGCGCGUGCUACAAAAACGAGCCAUUGUAUAAGGUGACAUUUCAGCACCUGACAAACAGAUAGCGACUCGUAAGUACUUAAAGCACUGCUACGUGCAGUCGUGUUAAGUGCAUUUUUGGGAAACGCACGUGAAACGAUGAAGAACAUUCGCAAAAUCGCUCGUAGAAAACGCUCUUAUGUGCUAAGAUCCAUCGUUAUCGGGAAACGCAGCCCUGAUCAAUUCUGUAAUACUUAGAAUCUGUAAAUCACAGAAAAUUCAAAUUCAUUCCAAUGGAGCAAUCAACAGUAAUCGAAGGGGCGGGUCUUAACAAGUGAUUACUGAGAUUACCAAGAAAAUAGUCGAUGUGAAAAUCGGUGAAAUCAAUGGUGUCCAGUACAAUUCACUAAAAAGCCACAAUGCUCAAAGGACACGUAUGUGAAUUAUUCAUUAUCUGUCUUUUAUAAACCAAGGCUUUUAAACCAAACACGGCCAUAAUAUUAAACAGUCCAAAUGUUCAAUUGAUCAUAGAUCUGGUCAUAGGGUUUUCUUGGGUGGGGCUGAAUCUUAUUUAUUUAUGUUAUUUUUAUUAAUACUUGGUCUUUCUCACUGAGUACUUGUGUAAAAAUUUUGAGAUUUUUUCAAUCAGAUGUAAAUUUGAGCAUAACAUCUGUCACAGUAUUUUAUUCUGUACCAUACCUAAUUAUCUGUUUAGCCAAUACUGUUAGAGGCCAUGCACCAUUAAACAGUCUGUGAAUCCACAAUGCACUGUGGUUUAUAUUUGAAUGAGAUAACUCCGUUUUUAUAAUUUUUCUUCAAAAAUAAUGUUUUUUUAUUGUGCAUUCCAAUUGUUAUCAAUCAAACUGCAGUUGGUUUGUUUUGAUUUAAGCCAUAAUAACUAAAUAAAUACAGCUAACUAACACAAUAAAACACAAUAAAAACAUGAUAACAUAAUAAAAAAUAUGAUUUUUGAAAAAUUUGUUUAUCAAAAGGAGUUAUCUCAUUUUGGAACCAAACUCUUCAUUUAUACUAUGUAUAUUGUGGUUUAAAUUCCACAAGAAAGGAUUAUACAUAAAAGUGUUGCAUGCAAUAGUUUCAUAAAAAGCAGCUGCUUAUCAGAUGAUCAUUACAUGAACUGUGAAAGACAUUUGUGGAUGAGGGAAUUUAAUAUCACAUGACCGUUUGUAACAAUGCAGCAUUUGUCAACAACAUUUUGUUUAACCACAGAGAGUUGUGAUUGGCAAAGGCGAGACUAAAAUAGCUCAUGAAGCAGAUGGAAAGCUGACUUAUGAGGAUAAAAGCUGAUUUAUGAAGAGAUUUGACCUUUUUAAUCCAAUGUUGCAUACUGUGCUUAUCUAAUAUUAAUGUCAUAAGGUAGCAAAAUAACACACCUAACGUUUGAUUUAUGGAGGAAUGCUUUGGGUAAGGUUGCAAGGUUGACAAUUAUACUGUAUGGUAAAGUACUACAAAAUAUGAAUUUCUAAGGUAGAUAAAUUGGCUUGAGUGAUGUUUUUCUUGUUUUGUUUUUUUUUGCUCUCAAAACAAUUAUAUAACUAAGAAGUUUUUUUUCUUACUUGAUUUUGCCUAACAUCUCUUGACAGGUUAAAAUGCACACCGUCUUAAUUAAUGUGUUUUUGGAUGUUUGAUAUAGUGUAAAUAGUUAUAUAGUAGUCGUGGCAAAAUUUCUUAAAAACACAUUAUAUUUUUCCCUAAAAAUAAAUUGGAAAAUGAGGACUGAUAUAUUAUUAUUUAUAUGGUAACAUUGUUUUUUAUUACAGUUUUAUUAACUGUUUUACAGUAUACUGCAAUUAUCUACAAAUAACUUAAUUUUCCUAAAAUGAUUUAUUUAUGCAAAAUACACAAACAGUACAUUAUCACUGCAUAUGCAAUAUAUAUUUCUUUAGGUUUUGGCGUAAGUAGACGCGGACACAUAUUUUCAAACUCUAAUGUGACUAAUGUGAUUCACUGAAAUAUUGUGUCAAGCUUGAAGGGUUUCUGGGAAAAUACGAAUAACCUUGCCGAUUCCAAAUGACUCUGUUUAUUUUAAUAUGGACUAAUCCAUAGCCUGAACUCCAGUUAAAACUGCUUUGCCCCACCAGAGUUGUAUAAAUCCUCCUAAUUUUAGUAGUUGCGCUGAAUUUCCCCCUUUAAUUUAAAACCUGCAUUUUUCAGGCUGUGAGCAUUCAUUUCUGACUUAUAUCACACUGCCACUAUGUGGGGACUUCUUUGCUCGGAGGGCAGAUUUACAACAGGCUAAACAUAUUUAUAAAUCCGGCAUUAAUCCAUCACUUCAUCUGGAUUGCUAAUCUGCACCUAAAAUCUCUUCCACAAGGACAUUCACCUCUGACAAUCCAAAUCAACAAUUGUGACAGGCCUGUAUAUUUAUCAACAGUGUUAUGUUUUCUCGUCACACACAUGCUGUAAUGUAUUGUACAUGUUUUGUAAAUAAAAUUGAA